AUGCCGCACAAGGUGAGAAACAAGGCCUGGUUUGGUGCCCAAAAAAGCUUCCGCAGUCUCUUGCAUGACUGGACUAUACAAACGGCACAAAAAGCUAACGGAAAUACCAACGAUGUGCAAAUUCCGGUGGUUGACGAGGAGGAGCCUCCACCUGACCCACAUCCAAACGAGCCCUACACAACAAAGAGCGAGUUGUACAAAUACUUUUCUGGUAAGGGACCUGCUGUCAUGAUCAGCACAUUUCUUCAUGAUGAGAUGAACCGGGCUGCGGCAGUCAUCUUAUGUGAUUUGUCUGCUGCUCUGGAGAACGAGUAUGUCGAGAAUCAAAACGUUAUGUCUUCAAGCCCAGAAUAUGCAUUGACUUGGGCAGCUGAUCGUGCGAACAGCAGUUGGUUUGGAAUGAUAGCCAGAACUUUGGAAGUUCUGCAGAGUGUUGAGCUGGCAAAGAGAUUGCGGCUGACUUUGCCAGGCGAUACUCCAUUUGAGUUUGAGAAGCUGCCUAAACAACUGGUGCCAGAAGUGGAGGUGUUGAACUUGGCUUGGGAUUUCGCAACACACUUGGUCUCAGCAGUUUUCUGGGCCAAUGCCAUGCACAAGUACCGGUUGCCACAUGCUUCUGCUGUCUUUCUCGACCAUCGUCAAUACCAAAAUGCUGUCCAGGAUGUGAGGAAAAUGGUGGAUACGCUGCUCAAAGCUGAAGAGAUCUACACCAAUGACAAGGUGUCACAUGUUUUCCUGGGAAAGUGCUUGGCCGAUGCUUCGGGCAUGAACCAGCUGCUGCCUGAUAAGGAUGACUGGCACAUCAUUCGUUCAGAAGCUGGAAAAGACUUCAGGGGAUCAGCCGCCAAAUUUUUGAGCAUCCAGUCUACGGAGAUGCCAUCAGGAGUUCCGCAUUUGGACGCUGACAAAAUGAACAAAAAAUGGGCAAAAGCUGGAGUUUUGAGCGAUGAGCGGUCAAUCGCUGCUGUGGCUUACUUGCUGGAGGACUACCUGGUUUUUCGUGCAGAGACCAUGAUCCCAAUGGCCAACCACGCUUUUAACUCGAACAGUGACUGGCAGCAUGUGUCAACGCAAAGACUCUUGCCAUGCAUGAUGCACAUGGAACUGGGCCUCGGAACAGCUCUUCAAAUAGUUGAAAAUGAUGAGGACAACGAAGAGUAUGGUUUACUCAAGUCCGCUUUGCGGGCCCAUGUGUUCAUUUUGGCUGAGAAUUUGAAAUCUAUCACCGCGAAGGUUGGGGCAAAAGUGCCAACUUUUCCGAAUGGAUCGGGCGCCCGCGGCUCCGUUGUGAAAGCGGACCAUGCCCGGGCUCUGAUCGACUUGUUGUUUGGAGAUGGUGAAACCCAGAAAGCCAAGGAAGACAUGAUCAACGCAUUGGCUCCUCCAGUAAAACCGAAGAAAAAAGUUGCUGAAACGCUUUCCCAAGAUGACGAAAUCAUGGCCAUGAUUGCGCAAUUAGAUCCAGAGAACGCGGCUGCUUUUCAUAGAAUGGCUGACUUGGCAAAUGCGAAGCUUUCCGAAGUCUACAAACAUGAAGGGGCCGAAGAAGUCAAGAAACGUGUUCGGGAAGCCUUGGAAGCAGAAGGAAUGGAGGAUGACAAAAAAAUGGAGAUCCCGGUGGAUGCUGCUGAUGCAGAAAAAAAUGCACCGGAUCCUACCAUUGAAGACAAACCUUUCCAAGGCAAGCAAAAAAAGGAGGACGAUGAUCCUGCUCCGGCCGAAAAAAAACCGAGGAUUGCCAGCACUCCACCCUCGCUCAAGGCGCUCUUGCCCAACAAGGGCAAUAGUGGUGAAGUGUACAUCCUGCGAAAUCCAAAAACUUUUGGAUACCAAUUUCGAUACCCUACGAGUGACCGUAUUGGCCAGCAAUCAAUGAGCAGAAAGUGGCCAACAAGCAGCAACCCGGAUGAGGCUACAGCCCUCAUAGCAUGCCUGCAUUGA